AUGUCAAACGAAGAUGAAAUUAAAAUAUUAUCACCAAGAGCAAUUAUUGGAUUUGAUGGAUCUGUUAAAUUCGGCUUAAAAGCACAUCCAAAUGGAAAAAAUAUUAUUUACCCUCUGGGGAGUAAAAUAAGCAUAUCAGAAUUAGGAAGCUAUAAGCAAGAGUUUUUAGUUGGUCAUUCAAAUGCUAUAUCAACAUUGGAUAUAUCACCAUCAGGGAAAUAUAUAGCGUCUGGAGAAUCUGGUCAGUUGGGUUUUCGCGCUUUUGUUAUUAUAUGGGAUUUUGAAAAACGAAAAGAAAUGGCGCGACACGAUUUACAUAAAGGUAAAGUUCAAGGCAUCAUAUUUACAGCUGAAGAUAAAUACAUUGUAAGUAUCGGUGGCCAAGAUGAUGGAACGGUCGUUGUUUAUGAGUUGAAAACAAUGAAACCAAUAUGUCGUUCACCUGCUUCGCAAAGUGUUGCGGGAUCACCUUCAACUGUUAUUCGAUUGCACAAAAAGAGUACGAUAUUCUUAACAGCUGGUAAUGUUCAUUUUAGAAUGUGGACUAUAAAGCCUGAUGAAAGGAAGUUAUCGGUAACAAACGUAUCUGUUGGAAAAAUCAGACGAAAUUACGUCGCAAUGAAAGUUGAUAAAAAUGACGAAAACUUAUAUGUAUCGACAAUGACCGGUGAUAUAAUAAAAGUUAAAAUAAAUUGCUCUGAUUCUACCAAUGCAUCAAGUAAAAGUGAGGUACCAGUUUUAAUUGGAGCGUAUGCUGUUCACAAUCAAAACAAACCUAAAUAUAAGGACUGUGAAAAAUACUUCAAUGGGGUACGAGAUAUUUUCAUCGUCAAAAGUGAUAAUCCGACAACACUAUUGAUUGGCGCUGGAGAUGGUACUGUUGAAUUAGUAGAAGAGAGAAAAAAUGUGUGCUUUAAAGAUUAUAAAGAACCAACGUGGCCAAAUUUAAAAAGUCUUUAUAAAAAUACAGUCAGUUCUCCAAUCUCAUCCAUAACGCCGAUAGGACACGAAAAAUUUUUAAUUGGGACAGAAGAAAGUGAAGUGUAUAUGUUAAAUUUAAAAACUUUUGAAUUUAAAUUGCUAUUAACUUCCCAUAAAUCCCAAAUUUAUGAUAUUCAGUUUCCAAAAGGAUUUUCACAAGUUUUCGCUACGUCUGGUUACGAAUCAAUACGAAUAUGGUCAACGGCCAGAUUACAAGAAUUAUUGCGAAUUAUUGUUUUUAAUUUUACAUGUGCUGCAAUUAAAUUUACUACUGAUGGACACAGCAUCUUAUCUGCUUGGAAUGAUGGAGUAUUGCGUGCGUUUACUCCUAUUACAGGAAAAUUGAUUUGGGCUAUACCUAACGCACAUAACAAAGGGUGCACUGCAAUAACUAUUUCACAAAAUGGUCGAAUAAUGAUAAGUGGUGGCGUAGAAGGACAGGUUAGGGUUUGGAAAAUUGAACCAUUUAGACAAAGUCUAAUAGGUGUUUUAAAAGAACAUUCAGCUCCAAUAUCCACAGUAGAUUUUAAUAAAUUUGAUACAGAAGUUGUCUCAGCUUCCCAAGAUGGUUCAUGCGUAAUAUGGGAUAUUAAUCGAAUGACCAGAAAGCAUGUAUUUUAUGCUAAUACUCAAUUUUUGAGUGCAUUAUAUUUUCCAACUGCCGUUCAAAUUUUGACUAGUGGUACGGAUCAUAGAAUAUGUUAUUGGGAGGUUUAUGAUGCCAGUCUGGCUAGAGAAGUAGAAGGAUCCUCAACUUCUAUUAACUGUCUAUCUUUAAAUACCAGUGGCGAAUAUUUUGUUGCAGGCUCUACAGAUUCUAUUGUCAAGCUGUGGGAUUAUCAAAAGGGAAUUCCAUUGUGUCAAGGAAAUGGUCACGCAACAGCAGUAAUUGCUAUAAGUUACAGCCCUUGUGGAAAAUUUUUUAUUUCAGGCGAUAUGUCUGGGACUAUAGUUGUCUGGAACAUUCCGAAAGAUUUCUGGCCAAAAUAUAUUGAUCCUCUUAAUGUAUCAUCUGCUGACGAAACACUUUCUCGCAGAAGUAGCAGCAAAGCAUCUAUAGAUAUAAAAAGACCACUAGGAAGUGGAAAAAAAGAGCGUAUAGAAGAGUUAGAAUCUUCAAGGUCCAAAAAAGAUAUUCGUCGUGCUGAAUGUCCUCCUGUAGACAAAAAAGCGCAGCCAGAUGUAAAUGAAAAUUGUAAUUGUAUUGCGAGAGAUGCUCCAAUGCCACUAUGCAAGGUUGCACGUUGA